AUGAAUGUCACCCAUAUAGAGUUCAAACCUUUAGACUCAAAGAGACAUAAUUCAGAGGAGAGACAGGGUCUCGAGGAAGCUAAGCUUCAAGUCCUUGAUUCAUCUCAGAUUCAUCGCCUGGUAGAUGGCUCUGUCAUAGAUAACUCAUCAGUAAAGUCAACACAACCAAGUAAGCGAACAAAAACAAAGAGAUCCAGAUCUGUACGGAUAUUAGAUCCACUCAUCAUUUCUGAGGACUCAACAGAAAAAAUAGAUACAGAUGAACUAGCCCGUCUUAAAUGUGCGGUAAAAGAAGGGGAGGAAAAUUUAUCAUAUUCAGGAUAUAGUAUUGAUAAAUCAUAA